AACUUCCUUAAAAUAAAUUGGAGGUUACUGAUUGAUCCCUUAAUUAGUUAGCUAGAUCGAAGACGAUGCAUGAGACUAAACUAGUACAGAUGACCUAUUAGCUAUCAGAAGAAGAUGAGAAGAAGGUACCAGAACUUGUUUUUGUGCCAUGGGAUGCUAAAACUCUUUGCUGUUGCAGCCUGCUUCAUUUGUUGUGUAGCUGACUCUACAGCCCCUUUACCCCCUUCUCCUGAAGACAAAGCAUGUGAGCUAAAUUUGACCCCAUUUCCUUACCAGCCAGAGGGUGAAUGUAUAAACACACCAAAGGAGAUCAAUGCAUGGAACAGCGUGACUACAUCCAUUUGUUGCAGAAAUGCAUUGGCAGUUUUUGUGAAGGCAUUGGCCUUAAGAGCGAACCUCGGUAAAAAUGCAGACUCUCUCUUCCUUCAAAAUGACAAGUGGGAGAACUGUAGCGGUCCAUUCUUGAGACAAUCCUCUGUCUCUAUACCUUCUUGUGGCUUCAAAAAUCUAUACUUCAACAGUACUAAAUGUUCUGCAAUGUCAUAUUCUGACAUGAUAAGCGAUGAUUUCUUUCACAAUGCUUCAGUAAGUUGUUCUCAGUUUGGAUAUUCAUUCGACAGAGAUUGCAGCACGUGCACGGAUGCUAUAACACGUGCCAAAGCUCACUUGUUAAGUAAGUAUCAAAAAUCUGGAAAUGAUACAGAGGGAGCUACAUGUGGUGUGGCGAUAUUAAUUUCCCUUGCAGCACAGAGAAUAAGUGAUCCCUUGUAUGUCAGUGAUCUAUUUAGAUGUGCAUCUGCUCUAAAUAUAUAUGAUCCAGGUUAUAUCAAACUCAAAUUUUCUCUGGUGAAAGCUCUCUUGGCUCUUGUCAUAGCGGCCAUUGUUCUUAUCUUGGUCAUCGUUCUGAUAAAACACGUAAUCAAGAACAAUAAAAAGGAUUACAAACAUGUGAAAGCCAAGGAGAUUGCAACAUGGUCUGGACUCUACAGAUUUUCCAAGGCAGAGAUUGAGAAUGCAAUUAACUUUGGCAAUGAAAAGAAAUGCCUAGGUCGCGGAAGUGCUGGAACUGUUUACAAGGGGAUUUUACCAAGUGGACAAGUUGUGGCCAUCAAGCAUAUAUACAAGAGCAACAAUUCAGACACAUUUACGCGUGAAGUAGAAGGUCUUUCAAGAGUUCGACAUCCAAAUCUUGUUUGUCUUUUUGGCUGCUGCACUGAGGAUGGAGAACAGUACCUGGUUUAUGAAUAUUGCUCAAACGGAAACCUGGCUCAACACCUUCUUAGGAAAGAUACAUUUCUUACAUGGGAAAGAAGGGUAAAAAUAUUGAGGGAUUGUUCACUUGGACUAAGAUAUCUUCAUCAUUACAUCGACGGAUGCAUUGUUCAUAGAGAUAUCAAGCUGACAAACAUCCUAUUGACUGAGAACUUGGAACCUAAACUCUCUGAUUUCGGGUUGGCAAAAAUGUUGGGCAUUGAGGAGAGCAAGGUAUUCACUGAUGUCAGAGGAACCAUAGGAUAUAUGGAUCCUGAGUACAUGAGCAACGCCAAGUUAACUUGUGCCAGUGAUAUCUAUAGUUUCGGCAUCGUAGCCCUCCAACUUCUUUCUGGACAAAAAGUCAUCGAGCUUGAUCUUGAUGCAAGAGACCAGCUUACACGAAAGGCGAAGGAUGUGAGUAUGGGGAAACGGCCAUUAUCUGAGAUCAAAGACCCGAGGCUACAGGGAAAUCUCAACAGUGUGGACUACGAAUCAAUUUUACAAGUCGCGGUACUGUGUGUUGCUAGAUCAAGCAAAGGCCGACCUACAAUCGAUGUCGUUUUUGAUGAAAUGGAUAAAGCCUGGAAAAACACUAUCGCAGAAAAGAGAUCAAAGAUGGAUCUGAGCGCAUCAGCAACUUCCCUGUCGAGAUCACUGGACGUGAUGCCGGUUUAAGCUGCACUGAUAUCGUGAUGUUCUUGAAUUAGAACUACGCAUUGUGUUAGAGUGCAUAUAGUUGUGACAUGUGAGUGAUCGAUUGCAUGUAUGUGUUUAUUAAGUUGAUAAGAGGAAAUGGACCGUGCUUGUAUCAAUUUCAUUUAUUUACAUUUACAAACGAGUCAUCUAUAUCAGGAUUUUUUCCGUGAGAAGUUAUUAAA